GAGGAUGAGGGUAGAGGAGGAAGAGGAGGUAAUUAAGGAGCAAUAAGAGACCGUCCACAGCGCACGUUGCUGUUGUCAGAGCGAUGAAAGGUGACUGAAAGGCUGCUGGAACGUGAGUAUAUCAAAAUUAUUAUGGGCCACCACUUCUCAUCAGAGAAAGAACGUCAUCAGCUGAAGGAUGCAAUUGGAUCUGUCCUCUAUGAUACCAUGUUGGAAGGUGGAGCCGUACCUGACCUCGGGAUUGUUCAUCCUCUCCUCUUAGCCAAUCAUGAUGAGGGUUUUGCCUCCCAGGCCUGCCUUCAGGAGCAACUGAAACAGUUGCAGAACGACAUUGAGCGCAAGGUGCCCACCUACCUGAAAGAUCUUAUUGGCCGACUGUCGACCUUCUCGGAUGAGCCACGUCUGGCCAGCUUGGUGGGAUUAGUGGUCACUAUGGUGAUGGAUUUGGCCUACACAUCAUCAAAACAAUCAUCGGGAGUGAAAAGAAGGGCAGCAGGUUCAUCGUCAUGUCAGCAGAGAGUCUGGGAGCUCCAGGAAGUGAUGGAGGAGUACUUGAAGCGCUGUAGGAUCAGCCUGAGCGAUAAAAGCAGGCUGAUCCAGGAUGCCGUCAGACUCGAGGCCCAGUUCAGCCUUAUCCUCACCCAGCUGAAGACCUGUCUGCUGGGGGGAGACUGUGACUCAAGGUCUCUGAGACAUUGGGCCAGCGGAGCUGCAUUUCACACCCAGAUGCUGGUUCACUUGAGUCGUCUGGAGGGCAAAGCUGAGCCCCUUUAUGCGAGGGCAGCACUCGAGCAAUAUAAGGAAGACCUUGCACAGAUCAUACCCGCCUACAGGCGUUAUAAGUCGAAUACAGUCUGUGUCAUGAAAUGUCGAGGGGGCCUUCUUUCAAAAUCGGACCUGCCUGCUGAGCUGCCAGAGGAGGGCGCCAUGACGGGACUGACUGUGACUGACAAAGAGACAGGAAAGAGUGUGACCAUCCCACUGUCCCACCUGGAGGAAGAGAUAGGGAGAAGAAGGCAAGUUUCUGGGCCUGAUGCUACUUCUACGACUGUGUCCCCUCAGCUUAACCUGGACCUCAUCACAUCCGAUCAGUAUUCUCAGUUGUACCUGGAACAUAUUUUCUCUAAUAAGGGGCCUGUGGCAGAGCUGGAGAACUACUUUACAAAGGCUAGCGAGAGACUGGGAACACAGAAGAAUGAACUAGGAUGCAAAAACAAGAUGGGAAUGCCUACAAACAAGACAGACGGAAUAAAUGAAGAACAAAGAGUGGUUGAUAUGGAAAUUGGAGAAGAGACAAAGGAAAACAAUCAAUUAGAUGCUAGUUUAAAACUGAGUAUUGUAGAGACACAUCCGGAGGAAAGCCUCGAUCAAAGACAUCAUGGAUCAACAAGUGAAUAAAAGCAGAAAUUGUUAGUUCUUCUUGCAGUUUUCGUUUAUGCAGCGCUUUUUCUGUAUUUGCAGCGCGUUUACACCUGUCGGCCAUGGUAUAAAAAAACUACUAAAACAUGAAACAUUUCUGCUUUGUUGUGCGUUAUGAAUCCAAAUAAACCAGAUUUACUGA